CAGCUGAAUGCACAUGAGAACACACUCUGCACCAGAGAGUCAACCAGCGAUAUGGUCAGGGGAUCAACCGUCAGUGGCUUGGGAAAUCCACACCUAACCACCAGUUGAGGAUGUUAAGAUGCCAGUCCACAGGCUCACUCCAAUCCUGUUUUGCUUACUACACAUGUGGAGAAUCCUCUCAAGUCAUCCACAACACAGCCCAUGCCAGAUGAAACAAAGAACGGUGCUGUGCAACAAUGGCAAACUCUCAUCUGUACCAGCAGGACUGCCAGACAACAUCGAGGAGCUUCAACUCAACUACAAUCACAUUCAAACACUACAGGACAAUUCUCUUCUCCAAUACCCCUCACUAAACACCCUGAGUCUAGCCUGUAACAGUAUGCAGAAAUUAGAAGCCAACACUUUUAAAGACUCAAAAUUGUUACAAAACCUAAAUUUAGCAAAUAAUGAUCUUGAUAUUGGCUACCAAGAAACUAGCUGCGCGUUAAAGAAGCUAGCUGGGCUUAGAUAUUUAGAUCUCUCAGAAAAUAAUCUUGAUGAUGAAAUGGCUACCACUCUUCUCCAAAAUCUAACAUCCCUGGAAUACCUCAAUCUCUCUGGAAACAUAUUAAGGAGGCUGGAUGAGACCUCCUUCAGUGAUCUCCACCAGCUCAAAGAGCUCGAUCUGCAGAGGAACGUCCUGUUUGAGAUUGAUAGUGCCUUCGACAGCAAUCCCAAGCUCCAGCGGCUCAGCUUGGCCUUCAACUAUCUGACUUGCCUAACUGACUUCCACAUGACACAAUUGGUGGUUCUCAAUGCCAGCCACAACUUCAUUGAAUGGUUCAUCUCUCGACAAGACCUCAAUGACACUUUCCAACUAGAGACGCUUGACCUGUCAGAUAACAAACUACUAUUCUUCCCUUUCUUGCCCAGCCAAAGUCACCUGCGGAACCUUUACCUAUCCCACAAUCGUGUGAGUUUUUACGAACAACUGUUAGACAAUGACACAUCCCCAGACUCGCCCAAGACUGUUGAGUUCUACAACCUGAAGAGGUAUAUGAACAAUGUGACGGUUCAGUUAUGGAACGACAGUCUUCACGGUGACAUCUCCUCUCUAGAGAUUUUAGACCUAAGUGGAAACCUGGUGCAGUAUUUCCCUCAAGGAUUCAUCCACAAAAUGCCUGUCCUGUCCAGACUUCGAAUGUACACGAACUGUCUAGAAACCUUGAAUCUAACUUUAGAGCAUUUCUCUGGAAGCUUGUAUGAGUUAGAUAUCAGCAACAACAGGCUGAACCAGAUAGUAGCAGAUGAAGGUACACUGACCACUUUUGGCAAUCUGACCUACCUUAACCUUAGUCUAAAUGAUCUUGACGGGUUAUCCACUGGAUUAUUUUCCUCAUUGUCAAGCCUCAGAUCAGUGGAUCUCAGUUACAACAACAUUGACAUCUGCUUUCCUGUGGAAGCUGAGACGAGUACAGACAAUAUCUCAGCUUGUGUGGAUUGGAGAAACAUUGUAUCUCUAAGGCAGCUUUACCUUAAGGGAUGCAACCUUAAAAGGAUUCCACCGUCUUCAUUCACUGGGUUGUCGCUUACACACUUGGAAUUGUCUGAUAACUCUGGACUCAUUGUCCAACAAUCAUUACAAAGUCUUAGCAGAAUGUUACAUCAUUUAGGUUUAGGAAACACACAAAUACAGGACUUCGACUUCUCGAAUUUCCAAAGUCUGAAGUCUUUAAACAUUUCAGGGAACUUUCUGACCAAGCUUCCCCCUUCCCUGCUUAGUCUCGACCUAAAACUGCUCGACUUGAGGGACAACAGACUGUCCACUAUUCCCUCAGGUCAGGCUAAAACAUUAGCCCCGAAACUUCAGACUCUUUUCCUCACAGGAAAUCCAUUCAACUGCUGCGAAACUGAAUGGUUCAGGACAUUUGCAACAACAAAGACAAUCAAUAUGGUUGGACAGUCAUACAUUGAAUGUGAAGAUUUCUUUACAACACACAGAGUGGUUGAUUCCCAGUCAUUUGAAUGUCAAGAGGAGGAUGUGGAAUCACUGCUCUGGUAUAUUAUCCUUUUUGUGUCUGUCUGUCUUCCUUUUGUGGGCAUUUCAAUUGUUGUUCUCCUCACUUUUAAGCCCCAAAUAUUACAAAAAUCCAUCAAAAAGAAAUGUUUGAAGCCUACAUCGUACUGAUACUUUAUAAACCCUACACAAAACAACACAGUACACCGUAUUUUGUGUAGUAUAUUAUUGAGAAUUGUAAAAGAAUGUAUACUGAAAAUAAAGUUGUUAAACUGUCUACAAUAAUAAUGGAGCAAUGUUGCAAGAAUUAUCAAGGCAUGCAAUUUUUUUUUGUCACAGCUGUGCUUUGCUUAUUAAA